GGCGAGAGCCGGUCUUUAAAUCCGCUGCAGUAAAGAAUUUAAGGCAAACAGGUAACAAGGUCAACAGGAAAGACUCCGCCUCUGGGCAGGGCCAAACAAGGGAACCAGACAACCUCAAUCUUUUCUUCACCUGCGGGAGUGGAGAGAGACAGAGACAGAAAUGAGGAGGGAGAAACAGCAGGUGGCCUGUCCAGACCAUGACAAGAGCAAUAUAGAUACCUGCUAUCACACUCACAGACUUUCAGCUUCCUUUAUCGGAUUUUAAACUCAGGGAUUCUGUGAUUCUUGAAAAAUACCACCAUCUUUUGGACAUUUAUCGCACUUUAAAUGAAGAAGCGAUGUCUGCUGUAACAUCUGCGUCUCUCUGCCUGACUUUACUGUCUGUCUGCCUCUUGUUUGUCUCUGCAGACCAGAAAAUCAUCAUAGCUGUGCCGGGACAGACGGUCACUCUGCCAUGUCGAGCUCCAAACAGUGGCAACCCCAUCAUAGCUGCAGAGUGGAGCAGAGCUGACCUGGAGCAAGAAUAUGUCCUUUUUCACCGGGACGAUAAGCUUGAUACAGAAGAGCAGCAUCCAUCUUUUAAGAACCGGGUGGAUCUGCAGGACAGACAGAUGAAGGAUGGAGACGUGUCUCUGAUUCUGAAGGAUGUGAAGACUGAUGACUCGGGAGCGUACGAGUGUUACGUGGUCCAGAGAGGAGCGAACCGCAGGAAGAGAGCCAGUCUGGAUAGUGACCCCAUCAGCACCACCUACCUGUCUGUUGUUCCUCCAAGCCAGAAAAACAUCACAGCUGAGUUUGGACAAAACGUCACUCUGACAUGUCGAGCUCCAAACACUGUCCUCAUACCAGGUGUGGAGUGGAGCAGACGUGACUUGAAGGCACAAUAUGUGCUUUGGUACUGGGAAAAACAAUUUGUUCCAUAUUAUCAGCAUCCAUCUUUUAAGAACCGGGUGGAUCUGCAGGACAGACAGAUAAAGGAUGGAGACGUGUCUCUGAUUCUGAAAAAUGUGACGAAUGCUGAUGGUGGAACAUAUGAGUGUUGUGUCGUCCAGGAAGUAAGAGAAGGUAGAAAGUUGGCCAUUUUAAAGACUGAGCCCAUCAGCAUCAUCCACCUAAAGGUUAUUUCACCAGGUCAGACAGGAGGACACGGAGAGGAUGGCGCUGUUGGACUAACAGUUGUUAUUGUGCUUUCUAUAGUUCUUUUCGCAACUAUAAUAUACUACAUAAAAAUGACAGAAAAUACAGAAGGAGAAAAAAACAGCACUUCUCAGACAAGCAGCAAGCUGAAACGCUCCAAUCGUGUCACUCGUCCCACCUUUCGUAGCAAAAAGACAGAAGCUCUGAAGACAGAUGUGAGUUCACAGUGACGGGAAUCCAGCAGACAGUAGUCAGCUAUCACAAAACCAUGAACAGAAUAAACCUGUGAUAAGAGCAUGGAUGAUGGGGCAAAGACGGCACUUUUCAGUUGCAGUACAAAAAACAAACAAACAAAGAAAAAGAAAGAAAAUUAAAAUGAAAAAAAAAAACACCACCAAUGAUAAAAUCUAAUCUGAUUACCUUUGUUACCUUUCUGGCACUUAGGCAGUUAGACAUUCUUUAGAUUCCUACAGUUUAUAAUCUUGAGAUCAAGGUUUAAAGCAGAAAAAAAUAUAAUGCAAAUAUUUCCAUCACAGUCGGAUUAGAAUCUGUUCACUGUAAAAAAAAAAAAAAAUGUAAGUAUUUGGGGAGGUGAACCUGAACCGCUCAUACUAGGUCAGUUCUGAUAGAUCAGAGACUUACUGGAUCUUAUCUGACAUCUCUUUCUGCCUGGUUACAGUUGAUAAGUAAGAGACAAAGAAAGACGUUUUGCCAUUGUGUCUUUUUUUUUUUUUGUCAAACUUGUUUUGUUGACUCCCGCAUGAAAAUACACUGCUCAAAACAAUUAAAGGAGCACUUUAAAAACAGAUCAUGUUAGGCAGGUAUACUGAUAUGGAGUGGGUAGCGUGUCGGAAUAAAAGGAUCCCACAUAAUUUCAUGGAAAUGAAACUUAUCUAGUGGACUGAAUUUAAAGACACAUCAAACAUCAAGGUGAAAGAAUUAUGUGGAAGGCUUGUUCAUUUUUCAGUAACUCAUACUGGUACUCAGUCUGUAUGGCUCCCAUGUGCUUGUAUGUCUGCCUGACAACAUCAGGUCAUGCUAAUGACGCAGGGUAUCUCCUCCAAGACCUGGAACAAGCCAUCACUGAGCUCCUGGACCAUCUGAGGUGGACCAAAAUAUCAUGUCACAGAGGUGUUCAAUUGGAUUUUUAACCAGUCAGUGGCAUCAAUUUUUCCAUCCUUCAGGAACUGCCUGCAUACUCUUGUCACAUGACACCGAGAAUUGUUGUGCACCAGGAGGAACCCAGGACCCAGCAUAUGCAUCCCUGACCCACAACCAACUGCCAACCUUGUAGGGUCCAGGGAUUGACUCAUGCUACCAGCAAUGACACUGACCCCAGCCAAAUACAAAACUAGUAAAAAAAAA